AUGGGGAACUCAAAGCUCUGUCUUUCAUUGCUCCUAACCACACUUACCUUGGCUUAUGGCCAAGAGGAGCAGGGAAACUGCCUCAUAAACCAAAGGUACAAAGCCAACCACAAGUAUGAAUACUUGUACGAAGCUGAGUCCUUGAAUGCUAUCGAAGGUGCUUCACAUCUGAGGAAUGGGCCCAAGGCCACUUGCAAGGUUGAAAUUGAAGUACCUCAGACUUGUAGUUUCAUCGUCCGCACCACUGGCUGUAGUCUGAGUGAUGUGGUCCACAUGGACGCAGAGGACAAACCUGUGUUUGGUCUUGCAUCAAGCUCUGAUGCCUUUGCUGCUGAAAUGGAGAGAUAUCCUCUGAAGUUUGUGGUUGAGGGGGUGUAUGAUGUGAAACUGUACCCUGAGGACGGUGAGACAACAACAAUCCUGAACAUCAAGAGGGGCAUCAUUUCUGCUCUGGCUGUGCCUCUGCUGGAAGAAAACAAGAAUAAGGACAUGCCAACUAUCCAUGGCAAGUGCAAGACCAGUUAUUACAUCAAUGCUAGAGAGGACAUUGCAACUGACAUCAGCCUCACCAGGGACCUGUCCAAAUGUGACAACUUUAACCCCAUAAGAGAUCACACCAGCCCUGUGGCUCUUAUCUCUGGCAUGCACUACCCUCUUGCCCAGCUGGUCAGAAGCUCUCAGACCUGCAACUACAAAUUUGACAAUGAGAAACAACACAUGACCUCUGGGUCCUGCACUGAGAACCACAUCCUCAUACCCUUCUCUCACAAGGGAGAAUAUGGAGUUACCAAUGUUGCAAAACAAGAACUGACUCUGGUUGAGGUUUCAACUUGCAACAACAGAAUCUUUGACCACAGUGAUAUUGUCAAGGGUCUUCACAUGGACAUUGUUGAGGACAGGAGCGCUGUCCAGGAUAAAGAUGCAGCUCUGAACCUCCUGAGAGAACUGGCCUCUCUGCCCGAGACCGAGGGUGAGAGGAGGGCCAACCUCUUCCACAAGCUUGUCACCAUGGUCCGUGGAAUGAAGACUGAGACCCUGAGUCCCGCCAUUCCAGAGGCUCUUGCAGUGUCCCGUGUCCUGACCUACCAGGUUCUGGUCCAAUGUGGAACUCCUGAAUGCAGCAGUGCAAUCAUGCAGAUCCUCAGGACUUUCGACAGCUCCUCGCUCGAGGUUGAUGCCAGUGUUUUUGCUUUGGGACUCGUGUCAAAUCCCUCUGCCCUCUUGAUUAAUGACAUGCUUGAGAUGGCCAAAUACAAGCCCAGCAAGCCCAUCAUGUAUGCCCUGAGCAAUGUUGUCAAGAGGUUUUACAAAACUCAGGAAAAACUGAUCCCUGAGAUUUUCUCUGUUGCUGAGUUCAUGGCUGCCCAGUUGGGUGACUGUUCUGGUGACAAGGAAAACACUUUCAUGACACUGAGAGUUAUUGGCAACAUGGCUCCAGCUCUGGUAUCUGCUGGUCCCGCACUCAGAUCUGCUGUGAUCCAGUGUGUGAACCAACCUGCAGCUUCCCCAGCUGUGCAGCAGGCUGCCAUCCAAGUGUUCAGGCUGACUCCCGUCCCCGAGGAGGGCAGAGAGGUUCUCAUGCAAGUGCUUUUGGACAGCGCCAGCCCCAUGCAAAAGCGCAUUGCUGCCUAUCUGGUUCUUAUGAAGGACCCCAAGCCCACUGAAUUGGCCCAGCUGGCUAAUGCCUUGCCCAAUGAGCAGGACAAACAAGUCAAGAGCUUUGUGAUCUCCCACAUUACCAACAUCUUGUCCUCAACUGAGCCAGAGACCCAAGAACUGAAACAGAAGAUCCGUGAUGCCCUGCAGGGUAAUGAGAUCGGACCCACCAUGGACCCCACCAAGUUCUCUCGCAACUACAGGCUUGGAUCUGUGGAGGGCAACAUGAUCUUUGAGGGAACCAGCUACCUGCCCAAAGAGGCCAUGCUUGACAUGACUCUGAGGGCAUUUGGCUAUGACAUCGACAUGAUGGAGAUUGGUAUGGAAGGAAAAGGAUUUGAGCCAACCAUUGAAGCCUUGUUUGGAAAGAAUGGCUUCUUCCCUGACACUGCCCUGAAGACAAUGUACUUUGUCUCCGACAACAUGCCACUCAAAGUCAAUGAGAUCCUGCAGAACAUCCUCCCUGCUCUGAAGAACAACAGGAUGAAGAGACAGGCUUCCCAGAACUUGAUGAGGGAGAUCGGACGCAACCUCAACAAACUGGUCAGGGAAAUGAAGACAGCAGAGUCCCCAGAGGCAAUGGUUUAUCUGAGGCUUUUGGGAAAUGAGCUGGGAUAUUUGAGGACCAACGAAAUGGAGGAGAUGGCAUACUCUGCUGCCAUGAUGAUUGACAGCAUGUUCAAGAUGUUCCCAACUGAUAUCAUGAAGGCACUGAUGACCAAGGCUGAUAACACCAUCUUUGCCCACUACAUCUUCAUGGACAAUGAAUUCUUCCUGCCCACUGUCACUGGUGUGCCUCUGAGGAUUGCACUGUCUGGUACCUUCACCCCUGGCAUCAAGGGUGGACUUCAGAUUGCCCGUGAUAUGAGUGAGGUGACCUUCAUGCCUUCAGCUGGCAUUGAGUUUGUAACUCAGAUUGGCUCCCAAAUCCCUGAAUAUGUCAACUCUGGAUUGGAGAUGCACACCACCUUAUUCCAUGAAAGUGGUCUCAGUGCCAAGAUCUCCAUGGAUCGUGACAAUGUCAAGCUGACCAUCCCUGCUCCAGUUAAUCCUAUCAAGCUCAUCAAAAUGACAAACACCCUGGUGGCAGUGACUGGAUCUGAGGUGAAGACCAUCCCCCCUAUGGUGAUGGACAAGGUUGAUGUCAGCGAGUGCACUCCCUUCUUCGCUGGAAUGAAAUACUGCACUGCUCUGCAGUACAUUGAUGCUUACUCUCAGGAGACCGCUCCCUACUUCCCCUUCACCGGAGACAGCAAAUUUGCUGUGGAGCUCCACCCCACUGGUGAAGUCACUGAAUACACAGCCACUCUUGCCUACGAGCUCCUCAAGGAGGGAGAAGAGGGCCGGCAGAAAGUUGACACUGUCAAGUUUGUUCUGAGGGCUGAAGGUGCAGCACCCACUGAAGCCAGAGCAAUCAUGAAAUAUAACAGAAGGAGGAAUGUCAUCACAGCUGACAUUGAGAUCCCUGACUACGAUGUGGAGGCUGGACUCAGACUGGGUGUUGUUGAUGGAAAUACCAAGGGCAAAGGAACUCACUCCAUCUCUUUACUUGACUUGAUAAACAAGAACGUCCCUCAGCUCUCUCUGGUUGGCCGUGCCAAUCUGAAAGCCAUGAAGGAAGGGAUGCUGCAAGUCCAACUCCUUGUCCCCUCAAUCAAUGCUGAUGCCACCGUCACAGCUAACAUGAAACGUGAUGAAGACUUGGAAUUGGAGCUUAAGAGUGAAAUCAAGGCCAUGACUGUCACCUCUGAGCAGAAAAUCACAAUGAAAUAUGAUGUCAGCAAGAUUGAGGUUGAGUUCAAGUCUGAUGUUAACACUGACACAUCCAGCUGGCCACAGGCUGAUAUGAUUGAUAUGUAUGGCAACCAGCUUCUUGACAUGAAGGUGGGAGAAACCGACAUGAAAAUGCGUCACAUCUUCAAGAAGUUUGGAGAGGCAGCAAACAACUACAUGGACAAGUAUGGCAUGGAUAUCCCUUACAUUCAGAACUUCAGAGUACCUGAUAUGCCUGAGAUUUCCCUGCCAGAAAUACUGUUCCUGAAUACUGAGGCAAAGGCCGUCUACCACUUCAACGAUGAGCGCUUCACCAUUGCUGUCCCUCUUCCUCUUGGAGGAAAGUCAACGGAGGAGCUUAACUUCCCACCAGCUUUAACCACACCCAGCUUGUCUCUUCCCCACUUCGGACUGGAGAUUGCCUCCAUGGAAAUUCCCAUCCCUGAGCUUGUUUUCCUUGAGAGCCUUACACUGUCCAUUCCUCUUUUUGGCAAAGCUGAAGUUUCAACUCAGAUGAAGAGUAACCUUUAUGACAUGGAGGCAUCAAUGGCCGCCGGCAAAGAUGUUGUGGAGACACCAAGCUACUCAGCUAAGUUUGAUGUGAAAGGAACCUCCCCACUCGACAUCCUCUCAAUAAAGAUUGAAGGCUCUGGAAUGGUGGCCACCACUGACUCCAUCAAGGCCCAGCUGAAAAGCUCUUUGACUCAUAAAUUCCUCGACGCCAGUAUUAGUAUUGUUGAGGAUGCAACCAUCACAGACAAAAUUAAUUUGAAAUCCAGCAGCAAGAUUGAAGCCACUAGCCCAUUUGGUCUCAAUAUUGCACUAGAGCACACUGGCAUGACUGGAAUCAACACUGAGGAAAUCUCUGCUGACAGCAACUUCGAGGGAAUGGUCAGGGCUGGACCCGUGUAUGGCAAGACCAUUUCAACCCAGUCGGUUUCCAUCUUCCCACCCAUGAGAGAAGCAAAGAUUGAUUCUAUUGUCAAGGUUGACUCAACCAUUGUAAAAGCCUGAAACACAAUUGCAGCAACUCUGGCCAAUGGAGAAUUCUCAGUUGUGUCAAACACCAAUGCCUUUGAAAACACCUUAUCCCAUGUUGCUGAGCUUUCCUUCAAAGACAGCAAGCUGUCUCUGAAAUGUGAUGCCAAUGCCCUCGCUCUUGGCAUGAAGAUCCGCAACCUGGCUGAAGCCUCUGCUGGUGCUGGUGAAGUUGUCAUGAGAAUAGAAACAAAUGCAGACCACUCUGAAAACCGUGUUUACUCUCUGCUGAGUGCCUCUCUUGAUGUCAAUGGUCUGGCUGUAAACAGCGAUGCCACGAUUAAGCUCCUUGAGAAUGAGGCCACUCACAAGGCUACUCUGGAAAUGAACAAGGACGGUUUGACCACAAGUGGUACAACCACCCUCCAGAGCCCCCUGUCCCUGGAAAACACUUUCAGUGCUGGGCUUGAUGCUUCACUGGCUACUCUAUCCAUUACCAACAAGGCUGCAGUGCGUGACAUCAAGAUUGAUAAUACCAACACUCUGACCAUUACUCUCUCUGGUCUUGACUUCAAGUCAAAGGCUGAAGCCACUGCCAGUAAGUAUGCCUCUUACGACCAUGAUAUCACCCUUGAUGUAAAACCCUACACUGCCACUGCAAAUGUCAAUAACAACCUGAAACUUCUGGCGGCUAACUUCAUUAAUGAGGCUCAGCUGCAGGCAGAGCUUUACAAGAUGGACCUGACUGGAAGCCUGAAAGCCAUUUAUGGUGAGGAAGAGAUCAAGCACACCUAUCAGGUCAAUUAUGCUGACAUGACAGCAAAUGCAAAGUGCAGCACAACAGGAAAACUCUUUGGAACUCACAUGAGCCACAACACCGAGCUUGAAGUUAUUGGUCUUGCUGCCAGGAUCACCAAUGAUGCGCGCUUCAACUCACAGCCAAUGCGCUUUGACCACACCAUUCGCUGCAGCAUUGUACCUUUUGAUUUCAACCUUGAUGCCAUUUUCAAUGCUGAUGGAGACAUGACCAUGUAUGGAAAGCACAGUGCCCAGCUCUAUGGCAAGUUCCUCCUGAGAGCCCAACCCCUGGCUUUUGCUAGCUCACAUGAAUGCAGAGCAUCAGUAAACCAGCAGCUGGAAAAUGGUUUUGCAUUUGAGACCAGGUUUAAUAACCAGAUGGAUACUGUUCUGUCACUCCCAGAACAAAAGUCCAGCUUUAAAAACAAAGGUAAAUUGAAUAACCACAAUUUCGAUCAGGAGAUGAGUAUUUACAACACUGCAGAGAGAACUGGAAUUGAGGUUUCUGGCAGCAUUUUCACAAACAUCCUCAAUGUAGACUCCACAGAGAACCAGGAAUUUACCAUCUCUGGCUUCCUCAAGUAUGACAAGAGCACAAAUACUCACAUAAUUCAGUUUCCUAUAAUUGAAAGUAUUUCUGCUUUCUUGGAAAGCAUCAAGGUGCUUGUUGUGCAUGCCGCAGAGACACUGCAAGACUAUAUUGACAACAAUGACAUUAGGACCAAACUUGAGGAUUUUUGUCAAUAUGUAAGGGACUUUUUUACUAAACUGAAUCUAGAAAACAACCUUAUUAAGCUGAAACAGAACCAUGAUUUUACCCAAAACUAUGUCAUCUCCUUGGAGGAUGUGGAAGCCUCUUUGAGAAAUCUGAAGUUUUCUGUUGAGAAACUGCUGGCUGAGCUCACUUUUUACAUCGAGCAUUUUGCUGAUCUGCUGAAAGAGAUUAUUGUUAGUGGCAACCUCCCUGAAACCUUAAUUCAAAAGAUCCAGGAACUGCUGAAUGCCAUUAAUGAGGAGUAUGACAUCCAGGCUAUGAUUGUAUAUGUAAUUGAUAUAGUGAGGGAGAUGAUCCAGCAGAUUGACCUGGAAAAACUGGAGGGCAGCAGCAUUGCAUUUCUGGGUGACAUUGAUUCCAAGUAUGAAAUCAUGGCUAAAUUACAGACAUUCAUGACUGAUAUGAAACAAAUAGUUGAGACCUUCGAUGUAGAGAAAUUUGUGGCCAGGCUGAAGGAGUACAUUUCAUCGAUCAACUUCAAAACUCACAUUGUGGAACUACUGAAUCAGAUUCCCACAGAGAUUUUUAGUGAUUUAACAGAUUACAAGCAAAUGAUCCAGGACCUUGAUAUUCUAGGUAAAAUCAACACACUCUCUGCCAAGCUAAGAGAGCUUAUUGUAAAGUUUGAGGUUGACAAAAAGGUUCAGGCUGUCUUGGAAAUUGCAGAGCUCAUCGAGCAGUUCAGAAUUGAGGAAACCUUCAGGGCUGUUACAAAGAUGGUAAAGGAUGCAGAUUUUCUUGCCAAAUUCAUGGAGGUCUUCCACAGUGCUACCAACUACUUGAAAACAACUGAGAUUAAGGAUAUAAUUUCACAGUGGAAUUUAUAUAUUGGCAUUCUUGAGCAGAAAUUGAAUUCACUUGAUUACAAUGACGUUUUGGAUCACAUCAAUCAAAUGACCGUAAAGUUUACUGCUUAUGCGAAUGACCUUAUAGGGUCUCUUGAAAUCCCUCAAAAACUCGAGGCUGCAAGAAAUUUUGCCAACUUGGUCAUAUCCUCAGUUAGGGGUUUUGUAGAACAAUUAAGAGAAAUUAAAAUAGUGGAAUUUAUAGAAUAUAUCAACAAUAUCCUUGACCAGGUUGUAUUAACAAAUCUAAAGGGAUUUGCUGAAAUUAUAAAAGCAAAAUUACAAAACUAGAUAUCAAUGCUGGAAUUACCUCUUAUCUGCAGUUGUGAGCAAACAAGGAAUUGCUAUACUGAGCUCAUAACUACUGCUACUGAUAAGUUCACCAAUAUGGUUGAGAUCCUCAAGGACAUGGCACCUCAGCAAAAAUUUUUCAGUGAGAUAUUACAGAUCAUUGAGGGGCUAAUUACUGGACUGAAAAAAGCAGAGUUGGACAUGCCAUCCUUCACCAUUCCUCUAACUGAUCUUGUUGUUCCUUCCAUGAAGUUCAGCAUGGAUGGCUUUUACCAGUUUGAAAUCCCAACACAGCUGGACAUCCCUGAGUUCACAUCUUGGGCUUCCACACUGUAACAAGCCACCACUAUCUCAGCCAAUGACAUUAAACAGAGAAUCAUGAUCAACUUGAUUGAUUACACUAACUUUGAGAUGACAAUGUUUAAUAUGGGUGCUUCAUUUGGUGACCUGACCAUGGGCGACCUUCUUUCUCUGCCCCAAUUUACACUCCCUGAGAAAACUGUACCUGAGUUCUACUUUCCCAUGCUUCCUGUUCCAGCUGAGAAACUUCUUAAGACUCUCGAACUCCCAACAUUUAAGUUGCCAGUCAUUCUAGAUGAAAUUAUGAUUCCAGGAUUUGGUAAACUGAGUUUUGAGAUAAAAGUCAACUCCCCCAUCUACACUAUCAGGAAUGCAGCUGAAGUACAAACCUCUCUUGAUGUAGAUGAUACUCCUCAGCUGACAGCUUUUCUAACUUCCCAAGGAACAUCUCUCAGUUUUGAAAUCCUUAACUUCAACCUGUAUUCCACUGCUCGUAUUGCUGCUCCCCAGGCAUAUCGUGUGAUUGCUGCCGAGACCCUUAAAUUCACUCACGAUUUUCUUGUGUUGGACCAUCAGGCAUCUGUGAAUCUUUAUGAUUUCUCAGCUCAGGCCAAGACUAUAGUGAAGGCCACCACAGCACCUUACAAAGCUGAGCUUUCAAAUGAGGCUUUCUUAACUACGAAGGGCGGUUUAUCUGCCACCUUUGACACUUCCUAUAACCAUGCACUCAACCUCCCCAUCAUGAGGUUCACUGGUGAGACAUCUGUAACUCAAUAAAAAGCUGUUGUCCGCCAGGAAGGUACCUCUAUUAAAAUAACUGUUGGAAAUCAGGGUAACCACGUCAACUCUCAUGGCAAUACCCACAAGAGUGACCAAGUCACUGUCAGUCCAAGUACAGUCAAGAUGACCUUUAUUAGCGACACAGAUACAGUCCCUUCUGAAGAUGAAACAGACUCUGAGUGCUGACAGGUCAUCUUUAGUUAUUUCAAGUUUGAUAUUCGCUCUGAAGCAGAAGGCCCAACAAUCAAAAACAACCUUUUAGUGGGAUCAGGAAAUGCCAAUCUGCAUGACAUGAAAGCUGAGCUCAAAGCAACCCAAAGCACAGAUUUAAUCGGUAUUGUCAAUGGAGCCCUUAACAGUGAAAUCGAUGUUUCUAUCUGUCCCAAAAGGAGUUCGUUCAGCUUUCAGAAUAAGGGAAACACCAAGGUCAAUGUUAAUGAUGCCCUUACAGCCAAAAUUGACUUGCAGAAUGAUUACUCUGCAACCUUCAGGCAUGACAGACAACAUAUUAACACUGUAGCUUUGGCCCGUCUUAAUCAGUACAAUCUUCUUGAACUUAACUGUAGACAACAAUGAAAAGAGGCUGCCAUCCUUGCUGCUGUAGAAGGAGAAGCAAACCUUGAUUUCCUGACUCCCCCAUGAGCAUUCCUGAGAUUUAUACCAUUUGUUAACUUACGUACCCCAGCUAUUAGUGAUCUUGAUUUGUAUGACCAAACUGGGCUGAAGCACAUUUUAACAACCACUGAGCAGACAGUGAAUAUGGACGCCAAGAUUGUUUACCAGAAAAGCCAGGCUGCCCCCCUUAUUGACGUUAUGGGCCUGAUCCAGAUUCCCUCCGUGGGUAACCUGAUCACAGAGCUGUCCGUCAAGUCUGCCAUCAUUAAUCUGAAUGUCAAUGCUGGUUUGUAUGCUGAGGAUGCUGUGUUCCGUCUGGGAGCUACCACAGCCUCUGUGUUUGAGGGUCUAAAAGCAAAACUUGAUGGAACCACCAGUCUGACCACCAAGAGAGGAAUCAAGUUGGCUAAUUCCCUGUCCCUUGAAAAUCAGCACAUUGAAGGCACUCAUGGCAGCACCCUCAGCAUGAGCACUGAGACUUUUGAAACUGCUAUCUCUGUGGCUACGGUUGCAAAGAUUGCCCUGCCCAUACUCAACCUGGAGGCAAACCAAAAUUUGGUUGCAGACACCAAAACCAAACCAAAUGCUGAGUCCACCUUGAGGAUGAAGGCUGAUUUCAACAUCCCUGUGAUCAAGGCUGUUGGGAAGGCUGACGCAGAACACCGUCUGAAGAUGGAGGGAACCUUUGAGGAUGUUUCCAUGGAGUCUCUUACUAAGGCCAACAUGGAUGGCACAGUGCUUGAAGACUAUAUACUUCUGGGAACCCUGGAUAAUGAAGUUAAUCUGUACCUGAAUAAUGAUGGCCUCCGCUCCACCUCCAAGGUCACUGCUGAUGCCAAGCUUAACCGAGGCACCACCAAAGUCAUUGGCAUGGAUGUAAAUGAGAAUCUUGCUGUUGAAGCUUCCCUGAGCCGCGUGUAUGUAGUGCUGAAGUAUACUGAAAACAAUGAAGCAAACUUGUUUGAUUUCAACACCAAGGGGACGCAUGUUAUCCAGGCCACCAUGGAUCUUGCACCAACCUCUUCCUUGACUGCUGACAUUGAAAUUGAUAUGUCUCAGCCAAGCAGCCUGGGUGACUUCACCAUCUUUGAGAAAGCUGUUGCUGAUGUGACAGCUGCCAAACAGAAGAUCUCUUACAAUGGCAAGUUAGUCAGCCCAUUGUACACCACAGACAUGUCAGCUGACCUAGAGGGCAAUCUUCCUGUCUUCAAAGUCACCUUCAAGUCCUCUGGCACCUCUGUCAUUGUCUUCUUGGAAUAUGACCUGGACUCUUCCAUUACUAUAACCUUUGAAGAUGCUGGCGUAAGCCUUACUGGGAAGGCGGUCUUCACUCAUACUGAUCUGACAGUGGACAUUCAACAGAUUCUUUCCCAUACACUGAGAGAUUUGACACAUUCCUGCUUGUCUCUACAGUGACUCCCCCGUCUCACAAUGAAUGUGGACAUAAACAGCCCUGCCUUCACUGAUGUGAACUUGCGUUACGCUGUCCAGAAAGAUGGAAUCAGCGCCACAAUUUCUAUCCCAUCUACUGGCUUUCUGGGUCUUCAGCUCCAUGGAAGGAUCCCGUCUCAGAUGAAUGCCAGGCUUUACGGGCGUUAUGCUUCUGAUCCUGGGAAGGAUGUUGAUGUCCUCACCAUCAGAGCUUCUGCAAAGGAUGCUGAAAAAAUCAAUUUAAAGAUGGUCAUCAACAUGGAUGCUCCCGAAGUAAUGCUCAAUGGGCUACAGGAAAGACUUCCUGCCAUCAUCUCUUGUUUUUCUAGCUUUGCUGAGAAAUACCAAUUGUUCAAACCCACCACUCAGCUGAAGAAUAAUAUAAUUUACUAUACUGAGGAGGCCUACAACAUUGCAAACAACCAUGCCCCACAUCUGAGCCAGGUGUCCAUUCUCUUUAGGAACACUGUUGCUCAGUACCAAAGGACUGUUCAGGUCUUCCUGGAUGAUGCCAUCAAGGUCUUGAGGGAGACCCAGGUCAAACUACCAGGCUCUGAAGAGAUGACCCCUCUCAUUGAGGUGCUCAAUAGGCUGACCACCAGCAUUACUACUAUGGUAAAGAAGGCAAUGCACCUGGUGGCUGUUAAUGCAGAAUAUUCUUUCAAUGCCAUGCUUGGUAUGAUCAGAAAAAUUCAGGUCACAAUGCCCAUUGGUGAUGUCAUGGCUGGAGCCAAAGCAAUGGACAAGAUUAGGGACUGGGUUAAGACAAUGCCUAAUCAUAUUAGAGAUAUUUUGAAGCACCUGGAGAGGCUUGACUUGUUCCUUGAGAAACUGGGUGACACCUUAAAAUUCCUUGUUGACAAGGCACAGGACUUCAUUGACAACAAGCUAAAGUCUGAAUCCCUUGAUGCGAUUGCCUUCUACAUCAAUGCUUUCUACGACAAGCAUGUAAGCUUAAUGAAAAAAAUCAUCAAGUAUGCAAAUACAGCUGUGGACAAUGAGUCUGUAAAUGGCAGCAUUAAUUACAUUCUGGAUCUUUUCAGAUUUGCAGUGAAUCAAUUUUACAACACUGUUACUGACUAUCUGCAGCAGGCUCCUGCUCACUACAGGUCUUAUGUAAAAGUUAAGGGUAGAAAGCUUGAGAUCAACCUUUGA